AAAUUACGACUAGUAAAGCCAGUGGUAUUUAAUGCUAAAACGGCUUGCCAUAGGCGCGUCUCUGAUCAUCUACCGUUGGCGGCCGAUGACGUCACCGCUCGCUCGCGCCGUCUUUUCCCUCAUUGAGUUUCAGCGUCGAGUCUUCUGAGGCGAGGAGAGAAGUUCACGCUCCUCCCACUAUAACUACAUCAUCAGUGAAGCUCCUCCCAUGGCAAUUCUCCAAUAAAUGUCGUAAAUUCCCAUCAGCUACAAGUGAAGACGAGCAUCAGGAAGAGCUGAAAUCUGCCAAGACUGAGUUUAUUAAAGAGGACAGUGAGAACAUGAGUGAUCCAGAACCCUGCAGAAUGAAACACACUGAAGAUCCUGAAGAACAAAGAGACCUGAUGGAAGAGAGCGAGGAGAGUGAAGAACUGAGUGAAGUGGAGGAGGAACAUCAUGUCCAACCUGGAGAAAAACCUUUGAGUCGCUCAAAGACUAAAAAGACAUUUUUAAAGAAAAGACGAGCCAAGAAAUCUUUCACCUGCACUCAGUGUGGAAAGAGUCUCACAAGCAAACAAAGUCUUGAGAGUCAUAUGAGAGUUCACACCGGAGAGAAGCCGUACUCAUGUGAUCAGUGUGGAAAAGAUUUCAGUCAAUCUUCACAGCUUAAAGGACACAUGUUGAUUCACACUGGAGAGAAGCCGUUCUCAUGUGAUCAGUGUGGAAAAGAUUUCAGUCAAUCUUCACAGCUUAAAGGACACAUGUUGAUUCACACUGGAGAGAAGCCGUUCUCAUGUGAUCAGUGUGGGAAAGAUUUCAGGCAAUCAGCAAACCUUAAAGAUCACAUGAAGAUCCACAGCGGAGAGAAGACGUUCACAUGUGAUCAGUGCGGCAAAACAUUUCUUAGGGCAUCAGAGCUUAAGUCACACCUGAGAGUUCAUACGAAGGAGAAGCCAUAUUCAUGUUCUGUGUGUGGAAAGAGUUUUUCACAGAGUCAAUCUUUACAUGGACAUGAGAAAAUCCAUACUGGUGUAAGAGAGUACAUGUGCUUUGAGUGUGGGAAGACUUUUAUUACAGCAAACAGUUUAAAACUGCACCAGAGAAUUCACACUGGAGAAAAACCUUACAAGUGUUCACAUUGUGACAAGAGAUUCAGUCUGUCAGCACAUCUGAAAAGACACGAGAGGAUCCACACUGGAGAGAAGCCGUUUAAGUGUGAUCAAUGUGGGAAGAGUUUCACAAACAAAGGUAAUCUUAAUCUUCACAUGAGGAUCCACACUGGAGAGAAGCCGUUCUCAUGUGAUCAGUGUGGGAAGAGUUUCAGUCAAUCACCACACCUUAAUGUUCACAUGAGGAUCCACACCGGAGAGAAGCCGUUCUCAUGUGAUCACUGCAGCAAAACAUUUCUCUGUGCAUCACACCUGAAGACACACUUGAGAGUUCAUACGAAGGAGAAGCCGCAUUCAUGUUCUGUGUGUGGAAAUAGUUUUGCACAGCUGCAAACUUUACAUACACAUCAGAAAACUCACACUGGUGUGAGAGAGUACAUGUGCUUUGAGUGUGAGAAGACUUUUACUACAGCACACAAGUUAAAAUUGCACCAGAGAAUUCACACUGGAGAAAAAAAUUACAAGUGUUCACACUGCGACAAGAGAUUCAGUCAGUCAUCAACUCUGAAAACCCAUGAGAGCAUCCACUCUGGAGAAAAACCUUACAAGUGUUCACACUGUGAUAAGAGAUUCAAUCAGUCAGCAAAUCUGAAAGCACAUGAGAUGAUCCACACUGGAGAAAAACCUUACAAGUGUUCACACUGUGACAAGAGAUUCAAUCACUCAUCAUAUCUGAAUGUGCAUGAGAGGAUUCACACUGGAGAAAAACCUUACAAGUGUUCACACUGUGACAAGAGAUUCAGUCGAUCAUCAUAUCUGAAAACACAUGAGAGGAUCCACACCGGAGAAAAACCUUACAAGUGUUCACACUGUGACAAGAGAUUCAGUCGAUCAUCAUAUCUGAAAACACAUGAGAGGAUUCACAGCAGAGAGAAGCCGCACACAUGUGAUCAGUGUGGGAAGAGUUUCUCUAUUAAAAGUUACCUGAAGCGACACAUGAAGAUCCAUGCAGUGGAGAAACCACUUAAACACAGUCUGAGAUCACGACCUGAUGGAAGUGAAGGAGGAGAGUGAAGAACUGAAUGAAGUGAAGGAGGAGAGAGAAGAACUGAGUGAAGUGAAGGAGGAGAGAGAAGAACUGAGUGAAGUGAAGGAGGAGAGAGAAAAACUGAGUGAAGUGAAGGAGGAGAGAGAAGAACUGAGUGAAGUGGAGGAGG